UACAGUAGCGCAUCACACGCCGAGGGAAGCUGAGAGGGAGGCAGAGGGAGAGAUAUUUAUAGCCUAGAGCGAGGCUGCAGCACAGAGAUAAGGCUUGGGACCAAGCCACAGGCAGACAGAGCUUAAGGGAAACGAGGACGCGUCAAAAUGAAACCUUUUCUUUCGGUACUUUUAUUUGGGGCCGCGGUAGUCGUCCUGACCAGCGCAGCCGGCACCGACGGUGAGAUCUCCUUCGAGUAUCAUCGUUAUGAGGAGCUUCGUAAAGCAUUGGUGUCCGUUUGGCUGCAGUGCCCGACCAUCACCCGCAUCUACACCAUUGGAGAGAGCUUCGAGGGCCGCGAGCUGCUGGUACUGGAGAUGUCCGACAACCCCGGGACGCACGAGCCUGGUGAGCCUGAGUUUAAAUACAUCGCCAACAUGCACGGCAAUGAGGCGGUAGGCAGAGAGCUGCUCAUCUACUUGGCUCAGUACCUUUGUAACCAGUAUCAGCAAGGCAACGAGACCAUCAUUGACCUCAUCCACAACACCCGCAUCCACAUCAUGCCCUCCAUGAACCCAGAUGGUUUUGAGAAGGCGGCUUCACAGCCUGGAGAGAUCAAGGACUGGUUUGUUGGCCGCAGUAACGCGCAGGGGGUGGAUCUCAAUCGUAACUUUCCUGAUCUGGACCGCAUCAUCUACAUCAAUGAGAGGGAGGGUGGAGCCAACAACCACCUGCUGCAGAAUAUGAAGAAGGCCGUGGAUGAAAACACCAAGCUGGCUCCAGAGACCAGGGCUGUGAUCCACUGGGUCAUGGAUAUCCCCUUUGUCCUCUCAGCUAACCUGCACGGAGGAGAUGUUGUGGCCAACUAUCCAUAUGAUGAGACCCGCACUGGAUCCACCCAUGAAUACAGUGCCAGUCCAGAUGAUGUGAUGUUCAAGUCUCUGGCUAGAGCGUACUCCAUGUACAAUCCUGUGAUGUCCGACCCUCACAGACCCCCCUGCCGCAAGAAUGAUGACGACUCGAGCUUUAAAGAUGGCAUCACUAAUGGUGGAGCUUGGUACAGUGUGCCUGGGGGUAUGCAGGAUUUCAACUACCUCAGCAGCAACUGUUUUGAGAUCACUCUGGAGCUCAGCUGUGACAAAUUUCCCAAUGAGGACACUCUUAAAACCUUCUGGGAGCAGAACCGCAACUCCCUUGUCAACUACAUUGAGCAGGUUCACCGUGGCGUCAAGGGCUUUGUCCGUGACCUGCAGGGCAACCCCAUUUCCAAUGCUACCAUCUCAGUGGAGGGUAUUGACCAUGACAUCACCACAGCCAAAGAUGGAGACUACUGGCGCCUUCUGGCUCCAGGAAACUACAAAGUGGCAGCUUCUGCUCCAGGAUACCUGACUGUCAUCAAGAAGGUGGCUGUUCCUUACAGCCCUGCAACCAGGGUGGACUUUGAGCUGGAGUCUCUGCUGGAGAGGAAGGAGGAGGAGCGUGAAGAGCUGAUGGAUUGGUGGAAGAUGAUGUCAGAGACACUAAACUUCUGAAGCACUCAUCUCAUUGACGAUCAGAUCCUCUACACACUGAUGUAAUAUAUUCAUUCUGUGUGCCCAUCCACCCUAAGGAAAAUAUAUUGUCUCUUCUUAUUUUAUUUUUUUUGCUCACUUUCCACAACUCUUUUAAUUGGUUAUGUUGUUUGCCUCAUUACUCUUGUAGAUUGUUUGAAAAUCCUGCACACAGUGAAAGAUGAAAAAGGAAUUUGCAGGUAGUUUGGUGGCAGUGUGACUGGUGUUGAUAUCUGUGGUAUUGUGUUCUUUAUUUUACACGUGAUGUGAUGGCACCCAUCUAUAUAACCAAUGAAUUACUGAAUAAUUAUGUAAGUAGAAGAACUGAUUACAUCAUCACAUGGCCCAUGUUAUCUUCCUGUUUUAAAUGUCUCUGUUUCUACAGACUUUAGUACAAAUACACAUUAAUGGUGUACACAAAGACAAACACUAUUCUAAUUCUCAGCAAAUACUGUAAAAACUGUAAAACACAUUCUGUCUUGUAAUAUAAAAAACCCAAAACACAAUGGUUCUGAGAUAACUAGGUACAUUAAAAAACUGUAAAACUGCUGUAAACAGUCUAAACAUGCAGGCUCAUUUCCUUGUACGUUAUAGAUGUUGAAAUUUUGUUUCGAACUGCAGCACAGCUUGAUUUUAGCACAAGAUGAAUGGUUAUAAUAUAUACUGUAUUUAUGAGUUAGGUAUAGCAAGAUAUAUGUUUUUGUUACUAAAAAAACAAAGAAAAUAAGGCCAUUAACAAUUAUGAAUCUUUUCAUGUCAAUCUACCCAAAGCCAUUCCCUUUAUAUGUGCACUACACAGGAAAUACUCGAUAAGGAAUUACAGAAUAAGUUGUUUUUCAAAGGUAAGUUAUUGUAACGCUAAUCCUCUGAGUGGACUUCCAGUUUGAGACCACUUAAGGGAUUUAUUGAAUGUAUAGCUGUAGAAACAGAUGUGAAAUGUAAAGAAUGACCUAAUUAAUAAAAUGACCCUCAUGAUGUUGUCAAA